CUGUCUCAUAGAUUUCAUUAUGGCUCGGACUAAGCAAACGGCGCGCAAGUCCACGGGCGGGAAAGCCCCACGCAAACAGCUGGCCACCAAGGCGGCCCGCAAGAGCGCGCCGGCCACCGGCGGCGUCAAGAAGCCGCACCGCUACCGGCCCGGAACCGUGGCCCUGCGCGAGAUCCGCCGCUACCAGAAGUCCACCGAGCUGCUGAUCCGCAAGCUGCCCUUCCAGCGCCUGGUGCGCGAGAUCGCGCAGGACUUCAAGACCGACCUGCGCUUCCAAAGCUCGGCCGUCAUGGCGCUGCAGGAGGCGUGCGAGGCCUACCUGGUGGGCCUGUUCGAGGACACCAACCUGUGUGCCAUCCACGCCAAGCGCGUCACCAUCAUGCCCAAGGACAUCCAGCUCGCGCGCCGCAUCCGCGGGGAGCGGGCCUGAGCUUGAAGGACAUUUAUUUCUCCUAAAGGCUCUUUUCAGAGCCACCCACGUUUUCUAAACAAAGGGCUGCAAAGACUGAGUUCACCCACAGGCUCAAUAUAACUAGGCAUGUACUAGGCAGUAAAGCAUAACCAGGCCCCACCUGAUCGUGUAAUGAAUCGUAUAAGUGCUACCUGCUUAUUCGAACAAGCUGCCUUUUAAGUCUUCAGUAGGACUUUAGUCAAUACAGAGCAAGUGAAAGUUGGAAACACGUGAAAGAAUUGGCAU